AUGAAAGAAGUAGAGUCUGAGCUGCAGAGCGGGAUAGACGCCAUCCACGGAAUAGUCAAGAGGAUGGAAACUAUCACCCAAAUAGUGGAAACUGUCUCGGAGAUACAUGCCACCAUGCAGGCAGGCCAGAGCACCGAAUCGGAAGAGUACUACAUCGAGGAAAUGAAUCGGUGGAUAGCGCACUCCGGGAAGAUCUCGCAGGAGCUGCAACGAAAGGACGCCCUUCUCGUGGAGACGCAGAAAAAGUAUCUUGUCGCCCUGAAAAGAGUCCGGGCGCUGGAGGAGGAGCUUGAAAGCAGGCACCGCACAAGUGCCUGA